GAAGAAGGAAGAGGAAGUGCGGGACAGUCGCAGAAAGUCUCCAGAGUUUCACUUAAACUUUUCAAAGUGUUCACAUCCUGUGAGUAUGUCCGUGAUACACGGUGUGUGUGUGUGUGUGUGUUUGUGUGUGUUUGUGUGUGUUUGUGGGCCCUUUCUCAUCUACACGGUGAGUCCUGACUUACGAGAAAACGGUCAUUUCCGCAUUGGGAACAGCAGGUGACUUGAUGACGUCACCACGUCAUCUGGUCUUGCUAAUACGUUUUAAUCCAGUUAUUGACUGUCAAGUAUUUUACUAUUAUCAAGGCUUUGUUUCGUUUUCAUUUAAAAUAGAAAAGAUUGUAUUAAUAUAUAUUUAUAUAAAGAUGGAGCCCCAGAGUUGAACAUGUUUCUAAAGCACAUGAAGAGGAGCAGCUGUAGUUUGAUGCUGCUGAACUUUACUGCAUCACACUGACAGGUUUAGAUGGAAUAUUAAUUCAUUUUGGAUGGAAGAAACACAUGAAAUGUUACUGAGGUGAACGUUUGUUUUACAUCACACUGCAUUAGCUUCAUAAUGGUUUCAUAAAGGAGGACGUUGGGCACAGAAACAACAUUUAAACAGUCAUAUUUUACUGGAUAGUAACACAUUCCACACACACCGUUUGUGUUGUUACUCAAACAUCAAGAGGCUGAUCAUCAGUGUGUCAUCGUACAGUUAAAUGCACAAAGAUCACUAUUCAUUAAAGUGAAGAUGUACCUGAACCUCUUCUGUGUCUCUACAUUAAUAGUGAUUAACCUCAUAGUAUUCAUGUAUAUAAAGUAGUAAUAAAUGAGGCUACAUACUGUAAGAUAGUUGACAUGGUCAUUAGUGAUUAACAGUAUUUAAUAUCUAUGAUGCAGGGAUCAAUGCUUCUAGUUGGAUUUACAUUUUCAAACAAUGAAAUUAAUAGAAACACUUUCAAGCAGCUGAUCAGACAUUAAAUAUCUAACAUAACAGAGAAAAAUACAAUAAUUCAUGUGUGGAUUUUUAGAGCUUCAGAGUUUCUUUGAGGCUGAAGUUCUGCUGGUUUAGAGUCUCAAUGACGGUCUCCUCGUGUCCUUUAAAUAAAACAAUGAUAGUUUUAAUGCACAAUGAUGGACAAUAGCGUUAAAGUUACAUUUAAACGUGAAGUUAUGCAUCUAAACUCCAACAGACGUAACGUUACCGGUGAACAACAUCAGACACCACAUUAAAGGUUAUAAAGACUCGUUAUAAUACAGUUAUAUCUCAUGUAUAACCGCUACGGAGACGUGAAAACCAGCGGAGUAUUUCACAGAAGACUCUCCGAAAACAGGCUGCUCUGUGCGGGCUGAGAUGAGCUGACCCCCCGGUGCUGGAGGGUCUGAUGGUCCGUUAACUACACCUCACAUCUCCACAUCCAGAGUUAAACGUUAACAAGGAUCAAUGUUGACAAACCGACCGCAGAAAAGUUGCUUUAAAACUCACUUCUCGUCGGAAAAAGAGAAAAAAAGUUCUAAAAAUACAUUACGUUAUUCAAAUAUAGUAAUAUUUAGAAACUUCGACAUAAAGUUGUGUUUAUUUUCCUCUGUCGUUGUUGCCUGUUGCUGAGGUGAAAUGCAUUCUGGGAUAUGUGACUCUCGCGAGAACAGACGAGCCUGCUCCGAUGCAUUCUGGGUAAAAUGGGCCGGGCGACUCCCAUCCGGGUAUUAUGACCGUUCUCGGCCAGAUGCGGACUUUAGAAUUGGAUCAGUAAUCGGGCUGCGACUGAUGACGUUUCACGAGUCCACGGGGACAAAAGUUCACACAAUAACGCAUAUUGAGAAAGAGCCUCACUUUAACGUCUUCAAGUUUUCAGAUCCUGUGAGUAUGUCCGUGACACACAGCGCGUGCUUGGUGCGUGCGUGUGUGUGUGUGUGUGUACGUGUGAACGUUCCUUUUACCGGAAACACGGAAAUCGCGUCGUUUGUUCGUUUCUCAAUACCUGAGACGGCGAGAAUGGACCUGCGUUCUGGCCAGAACAGACUCAGGAGACGAACUCACGGGUUCUGGAGAACGGAGAUUGGUCGUUCACGCCAUUGGAAAAUUAGCUGACUUGAUGACGUCAUGCUAGUCUUGCUAAUACGUUUUAAUAUUGACUGUUGAGUAUUUUUGUCCUCAGCCACGAAGUUCAAACCGUUGAUUAAAUUAAAGGAGAACACUCUGGAUCACUGCUACACUGCAGUAAGCAGGGCUCAUCACGCUGGGACACUCCGACCACGUCAUGCUCAUCAUGACUGACUCUCACUCUCUACAUGAGCAUCUCCUUUGAUUUAAUAAACUGAGCUUAGGAGGCUCCUGGCUGAGGUUUCCUCUGUUAAAGUCCCCGAGGACAAUAACCAAAGAGUCCGGGUCGGUCCGCUCCACACGCCGUACCUGGUCAUGUGUUCGCUGUGCAUGUUUCAUGUUUACUUUCUGUUGGCUGGUGCACUUUAGCUGUAAUUUUAACUUAACUAACCUAUAGCUUUACAUUACUAACCCAUAGCUUUAGAUUACUAACCCAUAGCAUAUAUUUCAUUAUAUUAUAUUAUAUUUUUGUCUUAUUGCUGCACUACGUUGUCUGUUGUCAUUGUCAUACUUUCUGCCGUCAUCCACCAACCGCCAAGUCAAAGUCCGUGUGUGUGUGUAUCAACGUUUCCUGGUUCCUGAUGGUAACCACAGUGUUUCCCAUGAGGACAACUACAUGUCAUCUUACUGCUCUGUUUUACUGACUUCUGGAUUCUGGAGAAGAUCAAGAGGAGAAACCACACAGCUCCAUCUGCUGGAAGAUGACUGAUGAUUGUGUUCAUCUGGUAAAACACUACAUUUAUAAGAUGAGCAUUUAAAAUGACAUCUCCUAACAUGAGAUGUUAACAGGGUUUAAAGAAGGUGAAAGAACGUUUGUCUUCCUCCAGAAGUCUACAAUUUAACAGAAGACAACAACACAAAGUGUCCCAUGAGAGUUUUAGUGUUGAGGUGAAUGAGCUCUGUGUGUUUGUCCUGAUGAAGACAAUAAUGUGUGAGAUCUCCCAGCAGGUUGUUGUGAAGGUGUGAAGGUGUGGACUCUGCAAUGAAUCAGGCUGAGGACCCAGAGGACAGUGUCCCUCCCUCUGAAGCCCCUCUGUGGGGGGGACAUGACAGACAGACCAAAGCUCAGAGGACCCAUCAGAGACCAGGACCUGGACCCAGCUGUGUGUCCAUGAAGAGUAACCAGUCCAUGGAUCGUCCUGUAAAAUUCAAAGAUGUCCGUCCCUCUGCUGAUGCAAGGGAGAAGCGGAGAAGAAAGUCUCCUGAGCCCAGCUGUGUGUCCAUGAAGAGUCAUCAGUCUAUGGGUCCUCCUCUAAACUUCAACGAUGAUCAGUCUAUGGGUCCUCCUCUAAACUUCAAAGAUGAUCAGUCUAUGGGUCCUCCUCUAAACUUCAAAGAUGAUCAGUCUAUGGGUCCUCCUCUAAACUUCAGAGAUGAUCAGUCUAUGGGUCCUCCUCUAAACUUCAAAGAUGAUCAGUCUAUGGGUCCUCCUCUAAACUUCAAAGAUGGACGCCGUUCUUAUGACCCAGAAGAGGACCAGGAGAGCUCAGAGGUUCCCACAGGUCAGUCUUCCCAGCAGCAUCAAACACACCUGGACUCCAUCUUCAUGCUGCUGGAGGAGAACAUCCUCACCUUUGUGAAGAACGAGCUGAAGAAGAUCCAGAAAGUUGUGAGUUCAGACUACCCAGAAUGCUUGGCGAGUCAGAGGGAUGAUGAGGAGGUGCUGGAUGAAGAGCAGAGGAGGUUCAGAGAGGCAUUUGAGAAGAUCUCAGUGCACUUCCUGAGGAGAAUGAAGCAGGAGGAUCUGGCCGACUGUCUGCAGAGCAGACUUCAUGCUGCAGUUUGUCAGCGUGAACUCAAAUCCAACCUGAAGAAGAGGUUCCAGUGUGUGUUUGAGGGCAUCGCUAAAGCAGGAAACCCAACCCUUCUGAAUGAGAUCUACACAGAGCUCUACAUCACAGAGGGAGGGACUGCAGAGGUCAAUCAAGAACAUGAGGUCAGACAGAUUGAAACAGCGUCGAGGAGACCAGCCAGACCAGAAACAACCAUCAGACAAGGAGACCUCCUCAAAGCCUCAGCUGGAGGAGAAGAACCAAUCAGAACAGUGAUGACUAAGGGAGUGGCUGGCAUUGGGAAAACAGUCUUAACACAGAAGUUCACUCUGGACUGGGCUGAAGACAAAGACCACCAGGAGAUACAGUUCACAUUUCCAUUCACCUUCAGAGAGCUGAAUGUGCUGAGAGAGAAGAAGUUCAGCUUGGUGGGACUUGUUCAUCACUUCUUCAGUGAAACCAGAGCAGCAAGAAUCUGCAGGUUUGAAGAGUUCCAGGUCGUGUUCAUCUUUGACGGUCUGGAUGAGUGUCGACUUCCUCUGGACUUCCACAACAAUGAGAUCCUGACUGAUGUCACAGAGACCUCCUCAGUGGAUGUGCUCCUCACAAACCUCAUCAGGGGGAAGCUGCUUCCCUCGGCUCGCCUCUGGAUAACCACACGACCUGCAGCAGCCAAUCAGAUCCCUCCUGAGUGUGUUGGCAUGGUGACAGAGGUCAGAGGGUUCAAUGACCCCCAGAAGGAGGAGUACUUCAGGAAGAGGUUCAGGGAUGAGGAGCAGGCCAGCAGGAUCAUCUCUCACAUCAAGACCUCACGAAGCCUCCACAUCAUGUGCCACAUCCCAGUCUUCUGCUGGAUCACUGCUGGAGUUCUGGAGGACGUGUUGAAGACCAGAGAGCUUCCCAAGACCCUGACUGAGAUGUACAUCCACUUCCUGGUGGUUCAGUCCAAAGUGAAGAAGGUCAAGUACGAUGGAGGAGCUGAGACGGAUCCACACUGGAGUCCAGAGAGCAGGAAGAUGAUCGAGUCUCUGGGAAAACUGGCCUUUGAUCAGCUGCAGAAAGGCCACCUGAUCUUCUAUGAAUCUGACCUGACAGAGUGUGGGAUCGAUAUCAGAGCAGCCUCAGUGUACUCAGGAGUCUUCACUCAGAUCUUCAGAGAGGAGAGAGGACUGUACCAGGACAAGGUGUUCUGCUUCGUCCAUCUGAGUGUUCAGGAGUUUCUGGCUGCUCUUCACGUCCAUCUGACCUUCAUCAAUUUUGGUAUCAAUCUGCUGUCAGAAGAACAAACAACUUCCCUGUUGUCCAAACUCUUAAAACCCAAUCCUGAGUAUCUCUACCAGAUUGCUGUGGAAAAAGCCUUAGUAAGUCCUAAUGGACAUCUGGACUUGUUCCUCCGCUUCCUCCUGGGUCUUUCCCUGGAGACCAAUCAGAGUCUCCUACGAGGUCUGCUGACACACAUGGGACGUGUCUCACAGACCAAUCAGGAGACAAUCCAGUACAUCAAGGAGAAGAUCAGUUGGUUUUUGUCUCCAGAGAAAAGCAUCAAUCUGUUCCACUGUCUGAAUGAACUGAAGGAUGGUUCUCUAGUGAAUGAGAUCCAAAGGUCCCUUAGAUCAGGACGUCUCUCCUCAGAUAAACUGUCUCCUGCUCAGUGGUCAGCUCUGGUCUUCAUCUUACUGUCAUCACAAGAAGAUCUGGAGGUGUUUGACCUGAAGACAUACUCUGCUUCAGAGGAGGCUCUUCUGAGGCUGCUGCCAGUGGUCAAAGCCUCCAACAAAGUUCUACUCAGUGGCUGUAACCUCUCAGAGAGAAGCUGUGAAGUUCUGUCCUCAGUCCUCAGCUCCCAGUCCUCUAGUCUGAGGGAACUGGAUCUGAGUAACAACGACCUGCAGGAUUCAGGAGUGAAGCUGCUGUGUGAUGGACUGAAGAGUCCACACUGCGACCUGGAGACUCUCAGCCUGUCGGGCUGUCUGAUCACAGAGGAAGGCUGUGCUUCUCUGGUCUCGGCUCUGAGAUCCAACCCCUCCCACCUGAGAGAGCUGGACCUGAGCUACAACCAUCCAGGAGACUCUGGACUGAAGAUGCUGUCUGAUGGACUGAAUGAUCCUCACUGGAGACUGGAGACUCUCAGGGUGGAGCCUGCUGGAGUCCAACGAUUGAGACCAGGUCUGAGGAAGUAUUCCUGUGAACUCACAAUCGACACAAACACAGUAAAUGAAGACCUCAAACUGACUGACAACAACAGGAAGGUGACACGUGUGAAGGAGGAUCAGUCAUAUCCUGAUCAUCCAGACAGAUUUGACUUCUGGCCUCAGCUGCUGUGUAGAACUGGUCUGACUGGUCGCUGUUACUGGGAGGUCGAGUGGAGAGGAAGAUUUAAUGCAUCAGUGAAUUACAGAGGAAUCAAGAGGAAAGGAGACAGUGAAGCCUGUUGGUUUGGACAGAAUGAUCAGUCCUGGAGUCUGGAAUGCUCUGAUAUAGGUUACUCUGUCUGUCACAAUGGGACAGAAACACAAAUCACGUCCUCCUCCUGCUCCUCCUCUGGUAGAGUAGCAGUGUAUGUGGACUGUCCUGCUGGCUCUCUGUCCUUCUACAGAGUCUCCUCUGACUCACUGAUCCACCUCCACACCUUCAGCACCACAUUCACUGAACCUCUUUAUCCUGGCUUUGGGCUCUGGUCCUUUAGUUCCUCAGUGUCUUUGUGUCCUCUUCAGGACGGAGAGUCUCCUCCUGGUGGAGAACCUUCCUCUCUGAUCACCACAUAGUUCAGUCUGUACAGCUGAUGGAGGUCCAUGUGGGUGCAGGUGGAGCAGGUGAGGGGUACCUGAGCUGGUCUGGACUCUGGGGGUCCACAGCUCUCUGGGACUUGUGGUGUCUGAUGGAACCAGUAGAUCAUCAUUUAGAUGUUGGCUCCUAUUUAGGGUUUAAUCUGAAUCUUUGUGUGUCACAAUGUUCAAGAAGACAUUUUAUAAAAGUCAUCUGUCCCCAAUAUGAGAUCAAUGGAUCUGUAUAAAUUGUCCUUAUUUCUGUGUUUGAUAAGUGGACAGUUUGUCAAGGAUUGUUUGUAGUGACUCAAAUAUAAAUGUGAUUCUUUUUGAGCAGAUUUUAACUUCAAAUCCAACUUCAUAUAAUCAGGUUUGUUCUGAAGAACAUUUGGAAGCUUCAGCAACCUCUUGAAGGUGUAAUGACAGAAAAUAUCACGUCCUUCUGUUCUAUUAAUGCUAAUAAAAUAUAAAAUAGAACAUCGUAUAGUUGCUCCAUGUAUUACUUUGGAAAUAUAACUGUUUGAUUCAA